AUGUUCCUUUACUCGCUGACGAUUCAGCCGCCAACCAAUGUCGUCCAAGCAGUUCUGGGGCAGUUUGCUGGCACAAAGGAGCAGCUCAUCAUCACGGGCUCUGGGUCGCAGCUGACUCUUCUGCGUCCUGAUCCAGCUCAGGGCAAGGUAAUCGCCCUGCUUUCUCAUGAUAUAUUUGGGAUUCUGCGCUCAAUCGCUGUUUUUCGUCUCGCGGGAAGCAAUAAAGAUUAUAUCAUUCUCGCAACUGACUCGGGGCGCAUCACAAUCCUGGAGUAUCUUCCCGGACCGAACCGUUUCAACCGUCUGCAUAUGGAAACUUUUGGCAAAUCGGGUAUUCGCAGAGUCGUGCCGGGCGAAUACCUUGCAUGCGAUCCCAAGGGAAGAGCUUGCUUGAUAUCUGCUGUCGAGAAGAAUAAGCUCGUUUAUGUUCUCAACCGCAACUCGCAAGCAGAGCUCACAAUCUCCUCUCCCCUGGAGGCACAUAAACCUGGUGUGCUGGUCAUUGCCAUGGUUGCCCUUGACGUCGGCUACGCGAACCCUGUCUUUGCCGCCUUGGAGAUUGAGUACACUGAGGUCGACCAAGAUAUCACGGGAGAAGCUUUGUCCGAGGUUGAAACUCAACUCGUAUACUACGAGCUGGACCUGGGACUGAACCACGUCGUGCGAAAAUGGUCCGACCCUGUUGACCCCACUGCUUCUCUUCUCUUCCAGGUACCGGGAGGCAACGACGGUCCUAGUGGUGUUCUGGUCUGUGGCGAGGAAAAUAUCACGUACCGCCACUCAAACCAAGAUGCUCUACGUGUGCCUAUCCCUCGCCGGCGAGGUGCCACCGAAGACCCUUCCCGAAAACGCAAUAUUGUGGCUGGCGUUAUGCAUAAACUGAAGGGAAGUGCCGGCGCUUUCUUCUUCUUAUUACAGUCUGACGAUGGCGAUCUAUUCAAGAUAACCAUCGAUAUGGUUGAGGAUGAAGAGGGAGCUCCAACUGGCGAAGUGCAGCGGAUGAAGAUCAAGUAUUUUGACACAGUGCCAGUUGCCACGAGCCUCUGCAUUUUGAAGAGCGGCUUUCUCUACGUUGCGAGCCAAUUCGGCAACUACGCCUUUUACCAAUUCGAGAAGCUCGGUGAUGACGACGACGAAGUUGAAUUCUCGAGUGAAGACUUCCCGGUCGAUCCUCUGGCUGCCUAUGAACCUGUUUACUUCUACCCCAGGUUAGCAGAGAAUCUGGCUCUUGUGGACAGUAUUCCUGCCAUGAACCCGCUACUAGAUUGCAAGGUAGCCAACCUGACAGGCGAGGAUGCUCCCCAAAUUUUCACCAUUUGUGGUAACGGCGCGCGGAGCACAUUCAGAACCCUCAAGCAUGGCUUGGAGGUAAAUGAGAUUGUCGCAUCCGAGCUUCCUGGCGUUCCUUCGGCAGUUUGGACUCUGAAACUGAACAGCGACGAGCAGUACGACGCGUAUAUUGUCCUGUCAUUUACAAACGGCACCUUGGUGCUUAGCAUCGGUGAGACCGUUGAGGAAGUGAGCGAUUCGGGAUUCCUCACCAGCGUUCCCACCAUUGCAGCACAACUUCUCGGAACGGAUGGACUUAUUCAAGUGCAUCCCAGGGGAAUCAGACAUAUUCGCAAUGGAAAUGUCAAUGAGUGGUCAGCCCCUCAACAUAGAUCCAUUGUUGCAGCAUCAACCAAUUCACACCAAGUAGCCAUUGCGCUUAGCUCUGGUGAAAUCGUCUACUUCGAAAUGGACUCGGACGGAUCUCUCGCUGAAUACGAUGAGAAGAAGGAAAUGUUUGGUACCGUCACUGCCCUCAGCCUGGGCGAGGUACCUGAAGGUCGUGUUCGCAGCUCCUUCCUCGCUGUCGGUUGCGACGAUUCUACCGUUCGUAUUCUGAGUCUCGACCCGGAGUCGACCCUCGAGAACAAAUCAGUCCAAGCGUUGACCGCGGCACCGACAUCUCUGGCCAUCAUUCCUAUGGACGAUUCGUCAUCGGGCGGAUCAACACUCUACCUGCAUAUUGGUCUCCAUUCUGGCGUCUAUCUCCGCACUGUUCUAGACGAGAUUACGGGAGAACUGACCGAUACGCGGCAAAAAUUCCUGGGACCUAAACCCGUCCGGCUAUUCCAGGUUACUGUUGGUGGCCGGACAUGCGUUUUAGGACUAAGCUCGCGUCCUUGGCUUGGAUAUGCCAACCCUAUCACAAGCAGUUUCGAGAUAACCCCAUUAAGCUACGUUGAUCUUGAAUGGGGCUGGAACUUCAGCAGUGAACAGUGCGAAGACGGUGUUGUCGGCAUCCAAGGGCAGUCUUUGAGGAUUUUCUCGAUAGACCGCCUGGGCGAGACCCUGCUUCAAAGUUCGAUUCCCCUAACAUAUACGCCGAAGAAAUUCGUCAAGCACCCAGAUGAGCCCCUAUUUUACACGAUAGAAGCAGAUAAUCACACACUGCCCCCAGAUCUGCAGGCAAAGCUUUUGGCAGACCCUGCCGCCGUUAAUGGCGACGCCAAGGUACUACCACCUGAAGAUUUUGGCCACCCUAGAGGCAACCGUCGCUGGGCAUCUUGUAUUAGCGUGGUCGACCCAGUGUCGGAAGAACCGAGCGUGCUGCAAAGGGUCGAUUUCGAGAAUAACGAGGCUGCUGUCAGUGUCGCUGUGGUCAGCUUUGCAAGCCAGGACAACGAAAGCUUCCUGGUUGUAGGCACGGGAAAGGAUAUUGUUCUCAAUCCGCGAAGCUCAUCAGAGGCGUACAUUUACAUUUAUCGCUUUCAACAAGGUGGCCGAGAACUCGAAUUCAUUCACAAGACCAAGAUUGAAGAACCGGCGACGGCUUUGUUACCCUUCCAGGGCAAACUUUUGGCAGGUAUUGGCAAGACACUUCGCAUGUACGACUUGGGUAUGCGCCAGCUGCUUCGCAAGGCCCAGGCGGAAGUGGUGCCUCAGCAGAUUGUGUCGCUUAAUACGCAAGGAAGCCGCAUUGUCGUAAGCGAUGUUCAGCAGGGCGUGACACUUGUCGUCUACAAGAGCGCUUCGAACAAGCUUAUUCCGUUUGUCGAUGACAGUAUCGCACGGUGGAGCACAUGCACGACCAUGGUUGACUACGAAUCAGUCGCAGGCGGCGACAAGUUUGGCAACAUGUUUAUUGUUCGCAGUCCUGCCAAGGCCAGCGAAGAGGCGGAUGAAGAUGCGGCUGGGUUGCAUCUAGUCAAUGCUCGUGACUACCUGCACGGUACGCAGCAUCGUCUAGAGCUGAUGUGCCAUUUCUUCACACAAGAUAUCCUGACUAGCAUCAACAAGACCGGUUUGGUUGUCGGAGGGCAAGAUGUCUUACUUUGGAGCGGUAUCAUGGGAACCAUUGGUGUCUUUAUCCCCUUUGUCAGUCGCGAAGAUACCGAUUUUUUCCAAAGCUUGGAACAACACCUCCGUACAGAAGAUGGACCUCUUGCUGGGCGGGAUCACCUCAUGUACCGGAGCUACUAUGCGCCAGUCAAGGGUGUGAUUGAUGGAGAUUUGUGCGAACGAUUCUCCAUUUUGCCGAAUGACAAGAAGCAGAUGAUUGCUGGAGAACUAGAUCGCUCCGUCCGCGAGAUUGAGCGAAAGAUUUCUGAUAUCCGCGCGAGAUCGGCCUUUUGA